AUGCAGUCUCAGCGGCGGUCGUCCCGGAGGAGACGGACAGGUCACUGGCAGCCUCCGUCCCCUAUGACUGCGCCCGCGGGCUACGCUCGACUGGAGCAAAAUGAGGCCAUGAACGGUCUGCGCAUCUCUGUUGGGGGACUCCCCAUGCUGGCCACCAUGGCCAACGGCAGCGACUCCCGCUUCCGCCUCAAGUGGAAACCCAUCGUGGUGGCGGCGUUCUCGCUGACUCUGUUCUUGCUGCUCUACAUGCACUUGAGCUCGGGCCUGCGCCACCACCGCGGCACCUCGGAGGGCUCCGGAGCGGAGCGCUUGUCCGGCUACAACGACACCUACCCGCUCAGCCCGCCCGAACGAACGGCGAGCGGCACGCGCUACCGCAUCGCCGUCAUCGCCGACUUGGACACGAAUUCUCGUAGCGAGAAGGCGCAGACGUGGUUCAGCUACAUGUGGCGCGGGCACCUGUUGGUGUCGCAGAGCGGCGACAGGGUGUCAGUGGAGUGGGACGCCGACAUGACGCGGCUGGAAAGCCACCUGGCCGAGAAAGGCCGAGGCAUGGAGCUGUCGGAACUGGCCGUCUUCAACGGCAAGCUUUACAGCGUCGACGACAGGACGGGCAUCGUCUACCGCAUCGACGGCAACAAGGUCGUGCCCUGGGUCAUCUUACCCGACGGCAACGGCAACGUGGCCAAAGGUUUUAAAGCCGAGUGGUUGGCGGUGAAGGACGAGCACCUGUACGUGGGCGGCUUGGGGAAGGAGUGGACCACCACCUCGGGCCAGUUCGUCAAUGACGACCCGGAGUGGGUGAAAGUGGUGGGCUACCGUGGGGAUGUUGAGCACCAGAACUGGGUGCCUGUGUACAAGUCGCUUAAAUCAGCCGCCGGACUUAAACCUCCAGGUUACCUGAUUCACGAGUCGGCGGCGUGGAGCGACACACUGCAGCGGUGGUUCUUCCUGCCGCGCCGGGCCAGCGCCGACCGCUACGAGGAAACGGCGGACGAGCGGCGGGGCACCAACCUGGUUCUGAGCUGCUCGCCGGAUUUCACCGACGUGAAGGUCGGCCACGUGGGCCCGCUGGACCCCACCCACGGCUUCUCCUCUUUCAAGUUCGUGCCCAAUACGGACGACCAGAUCAUCCUGGCGCUCAAGUCGGAGGAAGACGCGGGCAAGAUCGCUACGUACAUCCUGGCCUUUACGCUGGACGGACGCAUUCUCUUGCCGGAGACCAAGAUCGGCGACGUCAAAUACGAAGGAGUUGAGUUCAUCUAG